AUGCACCACUUCUCCUGCGUCUUCCUUUUUGUCGCCGCUCUAGCAAAUUCGACGCCCAUGAGUCCACCCCAUCCGGGCUUUACCGAGGUGGAGCAGAGAAUGAUUACAGGAUUGCUGGAGAAACACGAACUACGUGACAUCAUCCGUGUGAUGCUGAUGGUGGAAGAGAGGCGCUUUGUCAAAGAGCCCACCGCUCCGCCCUCGAAGGUGAGGGAGACCACGAUUAUGGGUAGUGUACCGAGACCAGGGCUCCCCAUUAGUAAAGACUACGAGCUGGCAAUGCCAAAAAAGGAGGUUACAACUCCACCCCCUUUCCCCCGCCGCAGAUUUUAUGAUGAGGACGUCUGGCAACAAACAAUGGCUGAAAUCUAA